AUGGAUCUUCAAUCGGGCAUCGCAAUUUCAACUAUUCAGCAACACCAACAACAGCAAUAUACCACUGAUCAACCAUCCAUUUCGCCAACUUCCAACAGCAAUUACCUACCACGAUACUUGCUUGGUGGAGGAACGCCUCAAGGAAAUACACCAUCACGGUAUCAUCAAAAUACUGGCCAUCCAACACGGAGAAACCUAUCGCGUGAGAAAAGUACAUUAACCAACAAAGACUCGUCAUCACAUAGAAAUGCUCCAUGGGUUACUGGCAAGGCGGGAGUUCUUGGUCAGUCUUUUGCUUCUCAAGUAUCUUCUCCUACUCAGAUUGAUCCUUUUUAUACUCAAGGAGAAGAAAUUACUAGCGAUGAUGUAUUUGAUGAAUGCUGGGUAACGAUAUUUGGUUUUCCUCCGUCAGCUGCAACCUAUAUCCUAGAGCAAUUUUCCCAUUAUGGCGUAAUCGUAAAGCAUGUGAUGCUGGCAAAUAGUAACUGGAUGCAUAUUCAAUAUCAAUUUAAGAUCCAAGCGAAAAAGGCUAUAAGUAAAUCAGGAAGGAUAUUCGGUAACGGAAUAAUGGUUGGUGUUCGACCGUGCAUUGACAAGAUUGCUAUAAUCGGUAAUCAAGAAAUGUCUUCAACAAUUCAAAGUCCGGACCCAGUUAAUUCUAAUAUUUCAACACCAAAAUCUGCUGCUGGAAUUCGCCCACUGGUUGCAACUUAUAGCGCAGUUAAUAACCAAAAUAAGGUCUCUGCAGAGGUUGAUACUCCUCAAAAGAAUGAUGGUUUAAUUGCUAAAGUAAUGGAAUAUAUGUUUGGAUGGUAG